GAAUUAUAAAUAUUAAAACAAUUUUGAUUUUUAAAAGGUUUAUAAUGGUUUUAUUAAUACUAUCUUUUUAAAAAUUUUAAAUGCUUAUGUGCGCGCGUGCGUAUGCAUCAUAUUUGCGUCCCUUUGUCCCGAGAUCGAUGAUAUUGAAAAAUGGCGGAAUUCUUACGAAGUGAUAAAGGAAACCCCUUGUUGUUAUUCAAUGGAUACUUGUUCGUCAAAGAGAAGGAAGUUGGAAAUAGAAGGUAUUGGAAGUGCCAGAAUUACAAUAAGCACUGUAAAUGUCGUGCCAAAACCGCUGGUGGUGAGAUUAUUUCUGUUUCUCGUGAGCAUAACCAUACUGCCAAUCCAGCUAAGGUCGAAGCGCGCCGAAUUACGGAAACAGUGAAAACCGAACCUGAAGGAACAUAUAACUCACCCCAGUUUGUAAUUUCAAAUGCAGCUUCAGAUAAUAGCAUUGUUACAACUCCAGUACUACCUUUAUAUAAUCAUACAGUUAUUCCAGCUAAUGUCGUAGCGCCCCAACUUACGGGAAAAGUCAAGAUUGAACUUGAAGAAACAUGCGACUCUUCACCUCAGCAAGUAGUUGUAGUUUCAACUAAAGCUUCAGAUAACAGCUUUGCUACAACUCCAGUACUACCCUCAGUAAGUAACAUGAAACGAACUAUUCAACUAGUACCUCGAGAACAAAGAGACAAAUGUAGUAAAGAGUUUCCAGAGGGCCCUACCAAAGCUAAAAAAGCUAAAUUUGUACAAAGCGAAAAAGGAAAACCUAUGUUGUUAGUAGAUGGAUAUUUGUUUGUUAAAGACAAGGAAUUGAAAAAUAAAAAAUAUUGGAAGUGUCAGAAUUAUAAAAAAUAUUGUAAAUGUCGUGCCAAGACAGAUGGGGAUGAAGUCAUUUCAGUUUCUGGGGAACAUAACCAUGCCGGUAAUCCAGUUAAUGUUGAAGUGCGCCGAUUUAUGGAAAAAAUUAAGAACGACUCUAAAGAAACUCGCGAUUCACCUCAAUAUGUAAUUUUAAAUGCUGCUUCUGAUAUUAGUAAUCUAACAGUUCCCGCACUACCCCCGCUAAGUAGUAUAAAACGGACAAUUCGACGAGUGCGCCAACGAGAAAUUUGCGGGUUGCCUGUACCCAACCAUAGAAAAGACAUAACCUUUCCUGACGAAUAUACCAAAACAAAUAGGGGAGACGACUUCCUGUUGUUUGAUUCGGGCCCAAGUGAUGACAGAAUGUUGAUUUUUUCGACCCGACAAAAUCUGUCUGUUCUUGAUUCAUGUCAAAAUGUCUUCAUGGAUGGCACCUUUAAAACAGUGCCGGUUAUAUUUGAUCAACUCUAUACAAUUCAAGGCCUUAAAAAUGGAUUUUGCCUACCUUUGAUAUUUGGAUUGUUACCCAAUAGGAAAGAAGAAACGUACAUUAAAUUUGUUAAGACACUAAAAACACUAGUACCAUUUUCAAACAUUGAUUCAAUUACUACAGACUUUGAACCGACAAUGAUAAAGGCCGUCAGGACAGAAUUCGAUUCCGUUAAUCUUUAUGGUAGUUUUUUUCAUUUGGGGCAUUGCCUAUACAAAAAAGUAUGCGCCUUCGAUCUAAAAGAGAAAUAUGACACAGAUGCACAUUUUUCAUUAAGUAUUCGCAUGCUUUUAGCUCUAGCUUUUGUUCCAACAGAGAAAGUGUAUGAAGCAUUUGGAGCGCUAGUAGAUGGAGCAGUAUAUCCCCCAGAGGCCCUUCCAGUAGUUGACUAUUUCGAAGACACGUGGCUAGGACGACCAUGUAUUCGCAACGGUCGCCGUCCACCCAUAUUUGACUUAAAGAUGUGGUCCUGUUUUGACAGAAUGCAACAGGAUUUACCAGAAACAAAUAACGCUAUUGAAGUAUGGCACCGAGCGUUUUUGCAUCAAGUUUCGGCGAAUCGGUCAACACUUUGGAAAUUUUUAGAAGAGCUGAAGAGAGAACAAUCUCUGAACGAGAUUAAUAUAGAAAAAUUACUCAGCGGAAUGGAGUGCGAAACAAAUACUAAAGAAUGUCGGAUUUCUGCAAAGCAGCUUAAAAAACUCACUGAAUCGUUUCAAGAAUACACCAAUGUAGUCGACUAUCUAUGCGCAGUAGCUCAUAACGUGAGACUAUAACGCUUUUUAUAAUUUUUUUUUCAUCAGCUUAAUAACACCUUUUUUUUAAAUAUUGAUUCAGUUUCUUGUGACUUUGAACAAGCUAUGACAAAAGACCACAGGUUUUCAGACUAUCAACACCACACACAUUAUAUACAACUUAAUUAAAAAAAUAAAAAACAUAAUGUAA